AUGCCUGUCUUUGACACUGCUGUCUUCCCCUAUUCCCUUGUCACCUACAGCCCAUCAGGCACCCCUGGCUCUUCUAGGGAUACAUGUGGUGCAGUGGGCCCCUUUCCCCACCCCCUCAUCCCCAUCACCACAGAGCCUGUGGUGGUUGGGGUGGUAGUUGUGGUCAGGCCCUCAUUUGGACUCCCCAUGCCCACUUGCAACCUUGUAUCCUCCCUGCACCCUCUGUGGCCGGACCUAGACAUCACAAACAAAUUGGAGGUGGAGUCUUCGUUUAUUGAAAAAGUGCUGAAGAAACUUUUUCCUAAUGUUCCAAAUGGCCAAGACAAGAUUGCACCAGUGACUCUGGCCUCAGAAGAAACACCUGAAAAGGUGAAACCUAAGAAAGUGAAAGUCAAGACAGUUCAACCAUUCACAGAUGGUGACGCUAAGAUCCAGUCUGAAAGACGACUGUAUACAGUAAGUCUGCCUCCUGUGGGAUAUAUUCCAGAUUUGCCAGAGUUGAACAUUCGCGUGGAUUCUGAGAACUCUUCCAGCAAUGAUGACAGAGAAGAUGAGGAUCUUCAUGAUCAACCAAAGAGAAAAAGAUUUAGAAAGCAUAAAUCAAAGAAAAAUUUAAAACUUCCUAAGAGUGCCCAUGUAGAACAAGCAGAAUUAGAGAAACAGCAGCGUCUUUUACAAGAAAAAAUACAGCCACAGUACACAGAUGGCCCCACAAUAAGCAAAAAUAAAAAAAGGAAACUGAAAAAGAAGCAGCAGAUUAAAAAGAAGAAAGCAGCUGGCUUACUAACAAAAGCCCCUGGCAUCAAUUUCAUGUACCAGCCUGAGGAGAGCAACAGUGAACAAGAGGAAUUAAGAAAUACUGAUGAAGAAGAUGCUAAAGACACCAACAAGGAAGACGUUAAAGAUACCAGUGAGGAAGAUGUUAACGACACCAAUGAGGAAGACGUUAAAAGUAUCAAUGAAAAGGCAGAUGGUAUCCUAAACUUCUUGAAGUCAACACAGGAAAUUUAUUUUUAUGAUAGUAUCUCCAAAGAUUCCGAUUCAGCUGUUUUUAUGGAAGCCACCGAAGAGCUGUUUAAACAUCUUGAAUCUCACAGUGUGUCUCCCUCAGAUGUGUUCAUCCUGGAUCACAUGAAAGCGCUGUUACUUUUGCAGGAUACUGAAAGAUUGAAGAGUGCUCUGGAAAUGUUCCCAGAACAUUGCAUGAUGCCUCUUGAUCAUGUCAAAAUAAUCUCAACUUUCUUUAAUUAUUGGAUUACGCAUAUUCUUCCUGAGAGGAACAGUGAAUAA